AUGGCUACCACCACAGUACCGAUCGUGAACCACGAGCAGGCAUGGCCUGCAACGAACUCCGAACACCAGAAGGCAGCAGGCUUCAAGGAGUGUGCUCCGGUCCUCGAGGUGUUGACCACUCCAGCCCGGCCGACGAUCGACCUGCCCGAGUCACUUCGAUGUGCCGACCUGCCGGGCGUCAUCCACGAAGAGGACGAGGAGUCUGCCACCGAGCCGUCAGAGCCAGUCACUCCGACCAGCCUCACCCACCAUCAUGCCCUCUUCCACGGACAUCCUCACCACCCUCGCAUUGACCCGCCCAGCAGAGAUCCGGUCGUCAACGUCCCGGUCGAGGUGCUCAAGAAGCCCAUCAUCGUAAAUACCGAGCCAACUCCCCCUUCUACUCCCGCAAAGCAGCCUGCCACUUCGACUCCGGCUGCCACAGUCACUUCGUCCGCCGCAGAGACUGCUCCCGUGCCUAUUCCAGCUCAGCGUCCGACCACUUCAGCCUCCCAGCGCGCGUCUCCGUUGAGAAAGGCGUCCAAGUCGAUCAAGGGAAUCUUCCGUAGACCAAGUACAUCCUCCGAAGCCAUGCCACCUCCUCCGACUCCUUCAGCCGCGCCGGAGCAGAAGAAGCUGUCUUUGAACAUGUUCCAGGCAAGUGAUGCUCGCAAGGGGUCCGUCUCCUCCACGAACCAGCACUCGCCCACCUCGUCUCGAGCCCACUCACCCCAGUCGCCAUCUUCACCCUCCAGCACCCUCCAUGGCGGCCAGAACCCGAUGUUUCUUGGAGUCACACCUCCAUCAGACUCUCCCUUCGCUCCCAAGCGACCAAGCCGCUCGUCCACCGGUCUCAGCCUGCGUGAACGAAGCAGAGUCAUGUUCGGAGCGACGCCUCGACCCCAGCGUGAGGAAGAUCAUCGUAUCCGAUCCCCCAGCCUCGGUGACGUCCAGAACCAACCAGAACGCCCUGGCUUCUCCAUCCCUGCAGUCUCCGGUGCCGGCCUCAAGGCUCGACGCAUGAGCACCAGCUUACCAGACGACUUCGACGUCGGCACCUGUCCGCUCGCAGACGAGUACACCAACUGCAGCAAAGUUCCUGGAAAACGCAAGGAGAUCGGCCGUGGAGCCACAGCCACAGUUAAGAUCAUGUGCCGCAAGGGCAGCGACAAGUCAAACCUCUUCGCCGUCAAGGAGUUCCGUAAAUGCGGCUCAAAGGAAGACAAGCACGAGUACGAGCAAAAGGUCAAGUCGGAGUUCUCCAUCGCUCAUUCGCUUCAUCAUCCCAACAUCGUUGAGUCUUUCCGUCUCUGCACCAACAACGGUCGAUACAACCACGUCAUGGAGUACUGCUCGUACGGCGAGCUCUUCUCGCUCGUGCAGAAGAACUACCUCCAGCCCAAGGACAACCACUGCUUCUUCAAACAGAUGGUCCGCGGCGUCGCUCACCUGCACGAAAACGGCAUCGCUCAUCGUGAUAUCAAGCUUGAAAACUUGCUCCUCUCAGACGAUGGAUACAUCAAGAUCACCGACUUUGGUGUUUCAGAGGUCUUUAGCGGCCUGCACCCUGGUCUCCGCAGCUCCGGAGGUGAGUGCGGUAAGGAAAUGGGCGAGAUCCGCCUUUCCUCUCCUGGCAUCUGUGGCUCCCUGCCCUACAUCGCCCCUGAAGUCCUCGCCAAAGAAUCCAGCUAUGAUCCUCGCCCUCUCGACGUCUGGUCCUGCGCCGUCGUCUACCUCACCCUUCACUUCCGCGGCAACCUCUGGCCCUCUGCCAACCGCGAGAACUCCAACUACGCGCGCUUCAUCUCUGGCUGGGAGAAGUUCCUCGCCUCUUCACCCGCCGGUAUCCCAUCCGACGAAAAAUUCCCAUCCUGCGGCCCUGCCUUCAAACACAUCGGCAACCGUAACCUCAAGGUCCUCUUGCUCAAAAUGCUUCAUCCAGACCCAUCCAAACGCGCCACCAUCCAGGACGUUCUCAACGACCGCUUCAUGAAAUCCGUCGAGUGCUGUGCUCCCGAGGCCGGCAAGAAGGGCGAAGAGAAGCAGGACUCCGUCAACAUCGACGCUGCCGGCAAGUCCAGCUCGAAGCUCGCGAGCAAGAUGGUUGUGCAGAAGAUUCACCACCACUUCCCCCCUGAGAAGAAAUAUCUUCCUCAGUACCGCUUUGAUAUGGGUGACGGCUACUAA